AUGCCGUUAGCGGAGAAGUGCCUCGAGCUGUCGGUCGAGCUGCUGUUGGACGCUAACCCGCACCAUCGCCAUCACGGAACCUGGUUCAUGGCCAGAGCGGCAAUGACCCGUGCUCUCCUGGUCUUGGCUGUGGUCAAGAGCGGUAGGUUCCCCCGACUGCCUGAGCGAUGGAAACAGGCGGUCGACACGGCUACAUGGGCUUUGCAGCGGUGGCAUGGCGAAGCUCCGGAUCUGCGUAGGGCUGCAUCCGUGCUUGAGAAUGUCGUCGGCCAAGUUAUCGGACCCGGAGGAUGA